AAGUACCGGUACCAAACGUACCUACCACAAGUUAAAAUUUCCUGCACUAAAGUAUCUUCUAGCUACAGAUCGCCAGUUCGUUGUUGAUAGCCAACAGCGGAGGACGACCAUGGCGGCUAAAUGGACGAUCAUCGCAGCCUUAGCCCUUUGCCACACGGCAUUGGCUGAGUACACCAAAUUCCCUGAAGGUUUCACUUUCGGAGUCGCCACCGCUGCUCAUCAAAUUGAGGGAGGCUGGAACGAAAAUGGUAAAGGUGAGAACGUGUGGGACCACCUCAGCCACAACCGUCCGGAGCUAAUAGCUGAUGGUUCAAGCGGAGACGUAGCCACUGACUCUUACCACAGAUACCGUGAAGAUGUGGAAGAGCUGGCGUACCUCGGUGUGGACUUCUACCGCAUGUCGUUCUCUUGGGCGCGCCUGCUGCCGAAUGGACGCAUUGACAACGUGAACGCUGACGGAGUCCGCUAUUACAACGAGCUUCUUGAUGCGCUGGCUGCGCAUAAUAUUGAGCCUUUGGUGACCCUCUUCCACUGGGACUUGCCGCAAGCGCUGCAAGACCUGGGCGGCUGGGCCAACCCGCACAUGAUCGACUACUUCCGCGACUACGCAGACUUCUGCUACAAGACCUUCGGAGGCAAGAUCAAGUCCUGGAUCACCUUCAACGAGCCCUACGAAAUCUGCGAGGACGCUUACGGAGACAUCCUCAAGGCACCAGCAGUCAACAGCCACGGUGUGGGGAACUACCUCUGCAGUGAUACGCUGCUGAAGGCCCAUGCGGAGGCCUAUCACUUGUACAAUGAGACGUACAAGCCGGUGCAAGAUGGCAAGGUCAUGAUCUCGAUCAACUCCAUCUGGUACGAGCCCAAGGACCCCAGCAACGCUGAGCAGGUGGUGUUGGCUGAAACUGCUAACCAGUUCAAGUUCGGUUGGUUUGCGCACCCCAUCUUCUCUAAGGAGGGCGGCUACCCCGCCGUCAUGAUCGAGAAUGUCGCCCGCAACAGCGCGGCUGAAGGUCUGAAGCGUUCCCGGCUGACCCAAUUCGACGAGUACUGGACGGCCCGCAUCAAGGGCACCUCGGACUUCCUCGGCAUCAACCACUACACCACGCACCUGGUGACGGGCGCGGGCGUCGACCCCGGGGCGAAGUCACCGUCCUGGCUGAAGGAUGUUGGGGCAGUUGUGUCUACUGAUGUGGGGACGGAUUCCGCGUCCGCUUGGCUUAGGGUAGUCCCCUCCGGAUUCGCGAACCUGCUGCGCUGGUGCAAGAGCUCCUACUCCGACCCUCCGAUCUACAUCACGGAGAACGGCUACUCCGACCGCGGUGAGCUGAUGGACUACAAGCGGAUCAGCUACUUCAACGACUACCUGUCCGAGAUCCUCAACGUGAUCAAUGACGACGGCGUGCGCGUGCUGGGCUACACGGCCUGGACGCUCAUGGACAACUUCGAGUGGAGGGCCGGGUUCUCGGAGCGCUUCGGUUUGUACCACGUGAACAUCACGGACCCGGCGCUGCCUCGCACUGCGAAGCUCUCGGCCGACUACUUCAAGCAACUCAUCGCCAACAGAGAGCUUCCCAAAGACGACAAAUACAAAGAGCCAGCCAUUACGAAGGUAAAAAGUGAGCUCUAAAAUGGCGAAGUGAGUGAAACACAAGGAUGAUAUUAAAACAAAGAUUUAUUUAAAUGAUAAAGAAUAUCGCAUUAUUUACAAUGAAAUUACAGUACCUAAAAUACUCUGACAUUAAAUUUCAUUGCUAUAUUGAUAAUUUGAUACAAAAUAAUGUUACUUUAUAUACUACAGAGAAAACUUCCAUAUCAGAAUGUGUUGAUAUGUAUGUGUUCGUAAAAGCUAAAUAGAAAUAAUUAAAUGUCAAUUUACUGAAAUUUA